AUGUUGGAUGAUGAAGAAAGGUUUAGAUCUUAUCCAUGGGGCAGGGUUUCCUUUGAACUAACUAUAGAGUUUUUUAAGAAGGUUGUCAUCAAUAAGCCAUCUUCCAUUUUCCUCCAAGGAUUUCCACUAGGUUUGGUAUAUUGGGCUUUUGAAAUUAUACCAAGAUUAUCCAACCCCACUAUUGGAUUUGCACGAAGAAUAAAAAGUGAUGGACCUAGACUUACUCAAUGGGAGUCUCAAGAACCUAAUGAUUGGCAACACAUCAAUAACAAUAUUUUCAAAGCCACUGGUGCAAUUGAAGAAUUAAAAAGAGGACAAGAAGAUAUUAAGAAGGACAUCAAUGAAAAGCACAAGGAGAUUCUUGAUAUAUUGGGCCACAUAAAAAAAGCUAUCAGUGAUAAACUUCCACAAAAAGAAGAAGGUGGUGAAAAGCAAUCUCAAGAAUCUCUUGAGAAGAACAAAGCACCAUCAUCUAGUUUGGAGCUUUUAGAUGCAAGUUUGGAAGUUCUAGAGGCUGAAGUUAACACUGCUAAGGACAAGGAGGCUCAAGAUGAUCAAGAGAAUGACCAGCAAGAACAAUUGCAUGAUGAUCCUGAAGAUGAAGAGGAAGAUCAAGAAGAAAAAGAUAAAGAAGAUAUGACGAAAAAGAAUGUGAUUGAAAAGACUCUUAAAAAGAGUCUAAAAAAAUAUCGACCAAAGGUUGUCAUCGAAAAUAUAAAGGACAACAAGAGACCAAAAAGACAAGCAAAACCAACCAAGAAAAUUUUGGAGAACGCAAAGAAACAAAAGAAAGACAAAAAGAAGGUCUCUCCAAAUGUGUCUACCAAGGUGUCUCCAAGCAAAGCUACAAGGCAGUCUCCAAGGUGGAAUGACGACGCUCCAAGCUUUGAUCUCAAAAUAUCACAACUUUGA